UCCAUCACUACAUGCAGCAAAAACAACAACAACCAGCGUUUGUGGUUUACGUGCGUGAAAAUUAGUUAAGUUUUGAUGAAAAAACAGUAUUUAGGACAUUGCAAAAGCAAUUCCAAGUGAUCCGUAUGCUGCGGCAAGGCACUGUGCAAUUGGCAAACAAACGCGUGACAGUUAACAAGGACAGAACGUAGUGAAUUGACAAAAGUGAAAACGUCUCGGCAGUCAUAGGAGAACGGGUGCCAAAACGAAAAGAAAGAAAGAGCACGCUGCCAGAAAAGCACACACAAGUACAUACCACAUACACAUACACCUACAUACGCGCAGUGCACUCGACGCCCCUCCCACACAUUCUUUAAUUAGUUUGAUUUUCCAGUAGUGAAUAAAUCCACACAACCCAAAAACCCCCACCGUGCGAAACGUGCAAUCCAACGAAAAGCAAACCGAAAACCAAACCCAAUCACCACACACACAUACACAGAGAUACCGCACACAGCACACCCAUACAUACAUAGAAAUUGUGUAUAUUGCGUAGCAGAGAAACGCCAACGUCGACGCCAUCAGCCACUAGCCAGCAGCAACAACAAAUAACAACAACACCUCCGAAAGGUAUCCCCCCAAACGGGUGCCCAUAUGUCCACCUAUACGAUGGCCAAAACGCUGGAGGAGCAGAGUCUGCGGGAGUGCGAGCACUACAUACAGACGCACGGCAUCCAGCGUGUACUCAAAGACUGCAUCGUCCAGCUGUGCGUCUGCCGCCCGGAGAAUCCCGUGCAGUUCCUGCGCCAGUACUUCCAGAAAUUAGAGCGAGAACAAGUCAAACUGGAUGCCAGUAAACAGGUCAUUAGCCCAGACGACUGUGACGAUCUCAGCCCAAUGCCACAAACAGCUGCCCCACCGGUGCGCAGGCGCGGCGGCAUCUCUGCGGAGCCCGUCACCGAGGAGGAUGCCAGCAAUUAUGUGAAGAAGGUGGUGCCAAAGGACUACAAGACAAUGAAUUCCCUGUCCAAGGCCAUUGCCAAAAAUGUGCUCUUUGCCCAUUUGGAUGAGAGCGAACGCUCGGACAUAUUCGAUGCCAUGUUCCCCGUCAAUCACAUAGCCGGCGAGAACAUAAUCCAGCAGGGCGAUGAGGGCGACAAUUUCUAUGUCAUCGAUGUGGGAGAGGUUGAUGUCUUUGUAAACUCUGAGCUGGUGACCACCAUCAGCGAGGGCGGCAGCUUUGGCGAGCUGGCCUUGAUCUAUGGCACACCUCGGGCUGCCACCGUGCGUGCCAAGAGCGACGUGAAGCUGUGGGGCAUCGAUCGUGACUCCUACAGACGCAUUCUCAUGGGCUCCACCAUACGCAAGCGCAAAAUGUACGAAGAGUUCUUGUCGCGUGUCUCCAUACUGGAGAGCCUGGACAAGUGGGAGCGCCUCACGGUGGCCGACUCACUGGAGACGUGCUCCUUUGACGAUGGUGAGACGAUCGUGAAGCAGGGUGCGGCGGGCGAUGACUUUUACAUCAUUCUCGAGGGCUGUGCGGUGGUGCUGCAGCAGCGAUCAGAGCAGGGCGAAGAUCCUGCUGAGGUGGGUCGCCUGGGCUCCAGCGAUUACUUUGGUGAGAUUGCCCUGCUGUUGGAUCGUCCACGUGCAGCCACUGUGGUGGCACGCGGGCCACUCAAAUGCGUCAAACUGGAUCGUGCGAGAUUUGAGCGCGUUUUGGGACCCUGCGCAGACAUACUCAAACGCAACAUAACGCAGUAUAACAGCUUCGUCUCGUUGUCUGUCUAAAUCAAGGACAAACAGCAGAAGCAGCAGCAUAAAGCACACCACAGCAACAACCAACAACGCAGCGAACAGCAUCAACAACAUCUAGCUGAAGAGACACAAAAGGAAUCUGUAGCAAGAUUUCUGUAAAGUUAAUUGCCAGCCAUGCUGCAGCCCAAAAGGGAUGGAGAGUUAUUGGGGAGACAAAACUAUGUUAAUUAAAUAUGAUUCUGUAUGUUGUGCUGAAAGUUUUACCAUAUACUACAUACUACUAUUCUCAUGUGUGUGUGUUCUCUGUGCACAGAUAUGCGGCGGCAUGUUCCCCCUACGCCACUGGAGCUCUAGUAUUUCUUUUUCGCUUUCAUUUUUCCCCACUACUUCUGGAGAUCAAUUUUCACUACACAUUUCUCUAUGAAAUCAGAGUCUGUUUCUAAAUCUAUUUGUCUAACAAAUGGAACAUGCUGCCACCCAAAAAA